AUGUCCUCCAAGGUGAUUAUCGUGACCGGAGCCAGCCGAGGCAUUGGUCUUGCCAUCGCCCAGCACCUCAUCAAGGAAUCCCACAAGGUUGUCUUGGCGGCGAGGUCCAAGGAUCAGUUGGAGGCUCUGAAGGCUGCUCAUCCCGGACAGGUCGAGUAUGUUGCCGGAGACUUGGGGGAUCUCAAGACAAUCCCAAAGAUCGCCGAGGCUGCAGUCAAGGCCUUUGGCAAGAUUGAUGGACUUGUCAUCAACCACGGCGUCCUGGAGCCCGUCACCCGUAUAGCAGACUCUUCAAUCGAGGAAUGGAAAAAGGCAUACGACAUUAACGUGUUUAGUGGGCUCGCAUUGGUCCAAUCAUCUCUGUCCGAGCUGCGCAAGUGCAAGGGCUGCGUCCUCUGGGUGUCAUCCGGCGCAGCCACUGGCGCAUACGCCGCAUGGGGAGCUUACGGUACUUCCAAGGCCGCCAUGAACCACCUCUCUGCACACUUGGCAGUAGAGGAACCCGACAUCACCAGCAUCGCCAUGAGCCCAGGCCGCGUCGACACAGCCAUGCAAAAGGUCAUCCGCGACACAGGAGCCGGGCACAUGGCCGACAAGGACCACACCUCUUUCGUAUCUGCGUUCGACAAGGGAGAGCUGUUCAAGCCUGAGCAGCCCGGCAGCGUCAUGGCGCGGUUCGUCGUCAAGCCUCAGCACGACCUUUCGGGCAAGUACUUCAAGUGGCAAGCCGGAGAGCUUUCAGCGUAUCAUGAUGCGGAGUAG